GUACUUCAGUAGUCAUCUCUUUAAAUCUCUGGAUCUGAGUCUCAACUUCGGUUGAAUAAGGAGACGCUCCAAACUCAGGAGGGAUAUUGUGAUUUUGUUUAACUGGAUACAAAAAUGCAGGCAAUCAGGUCUCUGUUUGUCACAAAGUGGUCUUCAGAUGUGCGUCUGGAUGGGAAGACCGCAAUAGUAACCGGGGCCAACAUUGGGAUAGGCAAGGAGACAGCCAAAGACCUGGCCGGCAGAGGUGCACGGGUGAUUCUGGCCUGCAGAGACAUGGCCAAAGCAGAGCAGGCUGCUCGUGACAUCAUGAGGGAGGUGAAGGGAGCCAAGGUAGUCGCCAAGCAACUGGAUUUGGCUGACACCAAAUCGAUCUGCCAGUUUGCAGAGAACGUCUACAACUCUGAGAAGUCUCUGCACUUCCUGAUCAACAACGCAGGUGUGGCGAUCUGCUCAUACGGCCUCACAGUGGACGGAUAUGAAACGCAGUUUGGAGUCAAUCACUUGGGUCACUUCUUCCUGACCUUUCUGUUACUGGACUUGCUGAAACACUCAGCCCCAUCCCGCGUCAUAAACCUCUCCUCUGGAGCUCACGCCCUGGGAAAGAUCGAGUUUGAUGACCUGAAGGGCGAGAAAAACUACCACCCAGUCCGGGCCUACGCACAGAGCAAGCUGGCCAACAUCCUGUUCACCAAAGAGCUGGCCAAAAGGACUGAAGCUCUCGGUGUGUCCACCUACUCUGUGGAUCCCGGCAUGGUGAACACUGAGAUAACAAGACAUUUCAGGCGUCCUCUUGGGUAUUUAGUCAAAACCUUCAACUUCCUAAUCAAGACCCCAGCAGAGGGAGCCAACACCACUGUCUACUGCACCGUCACUCCUGAGAACGAGCUGCUCAAUGGAGGAUUCUACAGGGACUGUGCGCAGGCAGAGAACUGCAGGGCAGGUAGUGAUGACGGCACUGCCUUGAAGCUGUGGGCUGUGAGCUGCCACCUGCUUGGCAUCCGCUGGAGAUAAACUCACAGACUUAAAUAAUACAUCUCUUCAUGCAUGAAGCAAUAUAUGCAGCAGUCUGAAAGUCAUUGUGUUAAUGCUACGUUUGGUGAAUGCUGAAGAUGGUAUGUAUGUGAUGGACGAUAACUUGUGCACGUCGGUAGAAUUAAAUCACUUGUUGUAACAGAGUGUGAUUGCUGAGCUUGUCAUGAAGUGUGAGAAAGGAUGAGAUGUUUACAGAUUGGAGAAAGAAAUGAGCUGCUGCCAAUAAAACAAUCACUGAUGAA